CCGAGCAGUGGCGUCUGCGACGGCUGAGUCGAGGCAACCGCGAGCGCUCGGCACAGUGUCAGCCGCCGGUGACGGCGCCAGAGCUGGGAGUUAGGGACACGCGCGCCGGACCUUCCGCUGCUGUCGCCGCCGCCGCCCAGAGCCUGAAGCGCUAGGGCCUGGGAGCCCGGGGGCGGGCGGGGGAUGGCGUCGGCCCCGCUGAGUCCCGGAGGCAGCAAAGCACAACUUUCCUCCGCUUCUCCCCUCGCGGCCGGGCUUCUGCUGCCGGCCCCGACGCCGACGCCGCUGCUGUUGCUGCUCUUCCCGCUGCUACUGCUCUCCCGCCUCUGUGGUGCCUUAGCUGGACCAAUUAUUGUGGAACCACAUAUCACAGCAGUAUGGGGGAAGAAUGUUUCAUUGAAGUGUUUAAUUGAAGUGAAUGAAACCAUAACUCAAAUUUCAUGGGAGAAGAUACAAGGCACAAGUACACAGACUGUUGCAGUUCACCAUCCUCAAUAUGGAUUCUCUGUUCAAGGAGAAUAUCAGGGAAGAGUCUCAUUUAAAAAUUAUUCACUUAAUGAUGCAACAAUUACUCUGCAUAAUAUAGAAUUUUCUGAUUCUGGAAAAUACAUUUGCAAAGCUGUUACUUUCCCACUUGGAAAUGCCCAGUCCUCUACAACUAUAACUGUGUUAGUUGAACCCACUGUGAGCCUGAUGAAAGGGCUGGAUUCUUUAAUUGAUGGAGGAAAUGAAACAGUAGCAGCCAUUUGCACAGCAGCCACUGGAAAACCAGUUGCACAUAUUGACUGGGAAGGUGAUCUUGGUGAAAAGGAAUCCUCUACAGUUUCUUUUCCAAAUGAAACAGCAACGAUUAUAAGCCGGUAUAAGCUCUUUCCAACCCGAUUUGCUAGAGGAAGGCGAAUCACUUGUGUUGUAAAACAUCCAGCCUUGGAAAAGGACAUCCGAUAUUCUUUCGUGUUAGAUAUACAGUAUGCCCCUGAAGUUUCAGUAACAGGGUAUGAUGGAAAUUGGUUUGUAGGAAGAAAAGGUGUUAAUCUCAAGUGUAAUGCUGAUGCAAAUCCACCACCCUUUAAAUCUGUGUGGAGCAGGUUGGAUGGGCAGUGGCCUGAUGGUUUACUGGCUUCAGACAAUACUCUUCAUUUUGUCCAUCCACUGACUUUCAAUUAUUCUGGUGUUUAUGUCUGUAAAGUGACAAAUUCCCUUGGUCAAAGAAGUGAUCAAAAGGUCAUCUACAUUUCUGAUGCUCCGCUUAAACAGACAUCUUCCAUAGCUGUAGCUGGAGCUGUAAUUGGAGCUGUCCUUGCCCUUUUCAUCAUUGCUGUCUUUGUGAUUGCCCUGCUGAUGCCUCGUAAAAAGAGGCCAUCCUACCUGGACAAAGUGAUCGACCUUCCUCCCACACAUAAACCACCUCCUGUAUAUGAAGAACAUUCCCCACCUUUGCCCCCAAAAGACCUCCUUUAUCAGACUGAACACUUGCCUCUGCAGACUCAAUUCAAAGAAAGAGAUAUCGGCAAUCUUCUCCCCUCUAAUGGACUAAGUAGCAGGAGAUUUGACUAUGAAGAUGAGAACUCAGUGGGAGAAGAUGGAAUUCAGCAGAUGUACCCCCUUUACAAUCAGAUGUGCUAUGAAGACCUGAGCACUGGCAAACAUCUAAGCACCGACCCUGAGAAAGUCUACAUUAACCCACGAGAACAUUAUGUGUGAUUUUUUUCAUUUUCCAAUGGGUGUUCUAACAAAUGUUUAGUCUUAGAUUGGGGAGAGAAAACUGAGGCCAAUAGUUAUUUUACUCCCUCUCAUAUAACAGUCCCAAUCUAAGUGUAUUAAAAGUCUUGAUGAAUGGCUUGGAGCUAAUAGCAGAUUUCUUUCCUUCAUUAGGGGUUUCUUAACACCACCAGCUGUGUUUGUGAACUUGACUGUCGUUUUGUGUGUAUCUGUGAUGCUGGUGUUUAACUACUAACAUUUGGCCUAUGAUGGAAUGUUCAUUUGAAAGUACAGCAUCUGCCUGUGAUGACUGCAGUGAUUCUCCAGAAAGAAAGGCCCCAGCUGGUAGUGUUAACCUCACUGGGUCUCAGGCAGCCAGCCUGUUCCUCUGUAACUCAAACGUAGAAAAAUGAGUUCUGAAUCUAUUUCACUAGUUGUUUAGCCAGAAUUUAGAUUUCCCCAACAUGCAGAAUACAAUUAUAGUACCUGUGUGCAAACAGAGGCUCAAGGAAAGAGACAAAGUUGGCUUUUCAUCCAGAACGACCACAAAAAACAUUUUAAACUGUCAAAACUGCCCAUUGCUUUCAACUCUCACAUUAUUAUAUAAGGUCCCGAGGGACCCACCAUCCUUCCUGUUUCCUCCCCACUCAUAACCAGCUGUGGGUAAUCCAGGUUCAGCUCUUGCUCUGCCAUUGUUCCCAUAACCCUGUUGUUUACCUCCAGAUUCACCUGCAUCCUACCUAUUAAGUUCUAAAAGCCCCACCUAAAUGGUGUAUAGCCCUGCCCCUCUCUCCUCUAGUGCAAGCUCAGUUUUCACUUCUGAAAUUUCUUUCAAAUUAAUCUCAGUCUACACAAGCAUUAGCCACCCUUCUGCAUUCUUCAGACUACUUAUCUUCCAUGUUUUAUCUACCUCAGAAAAGACUACUGGAAAAUUGCCAUGAAAUAACUCCUGCUCUUAAAAGCCAGGUGGAACAUUUGAAAAAAAAAUUUAAAAGCUAUUUCAGUAUGCAAUGUAUGCUAAACUGACAUGUCCUAUGUUUUUCCUUCCCUACUUUACUUGGUCAAGAGUGAAGAGAUGCCAAAAAGUAAGUAAUACAGUGACUUUUCUAUCAGAGUAUCCCACAACACAUUGAUGUCUGCAAACGUCUGCCUUGAGAGUUCUCAUCUCCUUUUGUCAACUUUCAUUGCUGAAAUUGACAGUAGUAAUUACAGUGGGGUGAGCAGAGAUGGAAGGAUCCCAGGUACACACACAAAUGUCAAGUCACUCCCCCUCACAUCUUAACACGUAAUUUUAUUGUGCAUUCUGGAAGAUGAGGUGUAUUGCAGAUUUUUUAAAAAACCACAAGCUUAUGUAUUAAGAAAGAUGGCAUAAGCACUGAAAUAAAUGGAAUAGGACAUGUUUCCAAGCUACAGGGGAAAGAAUAUUAACAUAGAUUUAUAAUGAGAUGCCAAAGACACUUUAUGAUUCAUGUUAUGCUGACUUUAGAUCUUGUUUGUUUUCUUUUUCUACUUCCCAUGCUUUGUCAGAGAAACUCUACAUGUUUUUCUACAAUAGUAAUACACUCUCCUCCAUAACUUGGGUGACCAAGAUUUCUGGGAAAAAUGAUGUUUCAAUUCCAUCUCAAUGCUUUGGCUAGGUAAUAAGCAAUUUUAAAGGCAAUGCCUGUAGAGCAUCAAAGAGUAAAUUCUAAUGACCCUCAUUGCUGAAUCCCUGAGCUACCUCAGAGUAAGAGUUUACUGCCCUUUGUAGAAAAGAUAAUCAACUUUAUUACUUAGAAUGCCAUCACUGAGUUAGUGUAACUGAAGGUAUAGGAAUCUUUGCAAUAUUUCUCCAUUAAUAAAAUGACUAUGGUCAGAGCCCUCCUUAACAGCAAAGUAUCUCAUAAAUAAAUUCUGGAUGUUAUGGAAAGGAGAUGGUGGUACCUUGCCUCUAGAAAGCUUUAAAAUGUCCUACAUUCUGGGAAUGGUUUUGAGUGUACUACUGGGAAUUAGGUUGUUGAAUUAGCUUAACAAAAGCACAGUGGACACAGGGAGAGUAGAGAUAUCUUCAUUUGCACCACAGAAAGGGAUUUGGAAGCACUGAAUUUCAGAAGCCCUUUGUCCUGUUUCCGAUAGCCCUGUGAGGAAUCUACUGUCUACGGCUAACAUUUCUUGGUUUAGUUAUAGAAAAGGAAUUUUAGGAUGUAGACUCUUCUCAUGCAACAAGCUAGUUUGAUAUUGUCUUUCCCUGUCAGCUAUGAUAUUUCUUGAACAAACUGGUAGAUUUUAUAGCUAUUGGCCCUUUGCAUGGGUCAUAUAACUCUAUACUUGCUAGUCCUGGUGUCUCCCCUCUGUUCUCUCUAAAAACCUUGCUAAAUAAAGAGGAGCUUUAAAAGGAUUUGAUCAGCCAUCCCCUGAACCAAAAAAAUGCCAUCCACAAUUAGCCUGUAGGCCUCUAAAUCUGGAGUGUAGACUACUUGACAAUGCUGUUUUAAUUUUGAAGUUAGACUUUUAUAGGUCCAUGAGUUAGGCUGAGCUAUAUGAUUCACAGCUGAUAUUAGAUACUCUUUCCAUAACUGGUUUACUAAAACACCCCAACAGAAAAAAAUCCCUGUAGCAUGUACUGCUUUUGGUUGCAGCCUUGGAUUCCAAGGGAAAGUGGAAGCAUGCUCACCUUAAACACAGGCUUUAUUGCCUAUUUUGUAUGCGGUCCAUCCCCAGGACUGCACACCACCCUGACAUGAAGUGUCUGCACCACCUAGAAUUGACCUGAUGGAAUGGGUUAGGAAUCUUAAAUAGUAGUGAUGUAUUUUCUAUGAGGGUUCGCCCUCUGCCUGGCUUUCUUACAUGUUCCAAAUUUAAAGAAGUCUGGGCUCUAGGAGCACAUGAUGUGAAAUUCUUACCUGUACUAGGCUUCCCUAUAACAUACAAGUAGCAGUGAUUAAAAAUAUGCUGUAAACUAAAUGAACUGGUCCCCUCAUUAUUUUCUGUGGCCUUACUCAGGAACAAGACAGCUUCUUCAUCCUUCUGUUGAAAAUGACUUCCUAAGUCAUCCUUCAUAGCAGUAUAAAAUUCACAAUUUUGUCUGUGAUUGUUCAGUCUUUCCCUGCACUAUGCUGGUUUCCUGGUACUAUUCUUCAUGUACAAUAGAGCCUGCUUUCAAGCUUCCUAUUCCCUGUGGUGCAAAGGAUAGACCAUUAUGCCAGCAAUCAAAAGAAAGGUUCAACUUCUGGCUUUGCCCCUUUCUAGCCAUAGAAGCUUAGGCAAUUCACUUAACCUGUCUAGGGUAUCAGUUGUCACCAUCCAUAAAGCAGAGAUUAUAAUACCUUCCCUGCCAGCCUCUCAGAAUUGUGAGAAUUAAACAAGGUGAUAAGAGAUGAGAAAUUGUAAGUUCUCUUCAAGUUGACUCUCUUAUGUUGCAUGUCAAAGCUAAACUUUCAGUGCCCUUGCCAGCAUUUAGAGUACUGUAGUGUCCCUGGGGGAGAACCAGGCAGCAACAUGGAAAUUGCAGUUUGACUUAAUUUGAGUACAGCUGAGUGCAGAUGGCAAGAUACUCUUUUUAUUAUAAUGAACAUGUGUCAUAUGGAAAGCUUCAUAUCUGAAUCUCAGCCUUUUAAGUUUGAAAAUAUGUUGUUGCUAUAACUGGUGGUUGCUCUCAUUUUACAAAUUACCACUAGUAAUAGUUCACAUUAUUGAGUGGAUAGUAUGGACAGGAUUCUAGGGAAAGCACACUAAGCAUAUCAUCUCACUGAAUAGGACCAGACUUCUGUUUAGUCCUAUUUUCAGGAGCCCUCACAACAUGCAGUGAAAGUCAUGCUGACCACUGGUCAGUUGUUUCUUGUUUCAAAUCUGCUUUUGAUAUUAGAAAAUAGAAUUGUCUUGAUUUCCUUUAUUUUAAAGCAAAGACAUAAAAGGAUAUAUGGAAAAAAAACCUUAAGUGUUAAAAAUGAAAGCAAAUGCAUAUGCUCAUUUUUACUUUGUGUCUGACCUCUAAAUUUUCAGAAGAUUCACCUACAUUAUAUUAACCAUAGUUAUGAAAGCAACCACCUAAAUAAUCAAAACCACUCUUCCCCACUUGCUUCAAUUUCGGUGGGCAGAAACAGCUCUACUAGCCCUUCCUCAGCUUAGCUCUCUGAAAUACAACACUCAUUGCUCUGUUUGUCUCACCUUUACUGAACUCCCAGAGGUGAUAACACUUGUAAAGUGGACAGCUGGAAAAAAGGGUGGCUUGGGUAGAAAGCCAAGAGAAGAGCAGAAGGAUGUGAAGUAGACAUGUAAGGGUCACCACCGGUGGCUCUGCUCUGUUCUGCUCUUGUUCCUAUGCUUCACUGCUGAGCCCUUCCUUCAUCACAGGUCAUUUACAGACCUUAUAGAAGACCCAAGAACUUGCAUCCCUAUAAAACUAGAAACUAAUUUUAUGACUGAGCUAAUCUUGUGACACCUAUUAAAAUGUAUGGAAUCUGAGCAUUCACAACCAUUAGGUUGUUUUAGUAGCCAUCAGUAGAUAAAGGUAUGUGAGAGUAUAUGUCUUCUCCUCUUACCCUCACCAGGUGACAUUCUGCACUGAACACAGGUCUUAGACCAAGCACUGAGUCAUGCAUGUAUAUAAGCAGGCAGGCACCAGAACAGUCAUCCAACCUGUCCUGUAAGCUUGAAAACAUCCCAACUCUUUCCUAUCCUUCUAGACAUUGCAGCACCAUCCUACCUAAGAGUCCAAUAAUAUUUAAGCAGAUUCAACCAGACAACCAAUUGAGUAUUUGACUUCUGCACUGAAUGAGAGGAAUCCCAGGUCCACUGGGCUUGCUCAUACAAGGGCUGGGGUGCCCUACCCUAUUAGAGCCAGUCCACAUACCUUUAACAUCACUAAUUUGACCACAGAAAACAUUCACUUAUUAACAAAGUUUCUGGUAUUGAGCUAUAGAUAGUUUCAGGGUAACAGUCUCUGAAGUGACCAGGGUUUUUCAAAGGCUACAGCUCUUGGAGGGUGCAUUCCUUAUAGGGUACUUCACAUGUUAACCAACCACUCCUAGUGUAUGUAUAUAGAUAGAUUAACACAAGUCAAAAUAAUUUAAAGAAUUAUACAGCUGUAACAUUUUUAAGAACUUCUCAGGUUUUUUCCACUUUUAUGCUUGGGUAAAGUCAGCAACUUGCUGAGUAGAAUUUUUCUGGCAUUAAUCCCCAGUGACAGCUUUUUCUUUUUGGGUGUGUGUAUGUGUGUAGAAGAGAGAGAGAAUAUCUUAAAGUUUACCUUGCUAGCUUAAAUUUGUAAACUAUUUUGUGUAUUCUUACUGUAUGUCAGUUGUUGUACUAAUUGUUCUGCUCUAAGUUUCAGCUUAAUUGUAGCUUGCUGAGUAGACUAGACUAAAAGAAUAUUUUUAAAAAUUUAGAAGACACUAAACAUCUUUCUGUCAUAAAUUAUCAGUUGGGACCAUGCUAUAGAAGUUCCCUAUGAAUCUCAGGGAGAAGCGAAACUAUUACUGACAAAUAAAAAACAUUCUUCAGUCCACUGUUAUGAAUAAAUCCAUUGUUAUCAAUAAAUCCAUUCCAUUGAUCACAAUCAGAUUAUCCCAAUGUUUGGAAGCUAAGGCUUUGAUCUAUAUCAAAUGACAUACCUCCCUACAUCAGAAAAUACUAGUUACAUUCCUGUUCUCUAGCUGAGAAGUUUAGAGUUACAUACCUGAGUUUCAGAAGAACAGAUGUUCUGAGUAUCAGCAUCAUGUAACUGUAUGGGAAAGCAACAACUCCAUGAACUGGCAAUAGGCAGGAUACUAUCCUCUGAGUCCUCCCAUUCUAUAGCUGUGCUGCUCACAGUUGUUGCAUGCACAUGAGUUACAUAGAAGACAUGUCAGUUGGAUCCAAGGAAAUACACUCUUGGACUUAAAGUUACUUUUAAAUUACAGUUGCCAUCCCAAACACUCAAUAAUCCAAAUGCAGCUUUCUCAGAUAUUUCCAUCUUUUGCUUUAUAUAAGGAGGUGGGCAAUUGCCCUCUUGUGGAUUUUUCCCUAACACUACCAUUUAAAGUUUCUAUGAUCAGGUCUCCUGUGGCUUGGCAGGAUCCUUGGUAUUAUGACCUACACUGGUUAUAUUUAUUGCCAUAGCAUGGGACUUAAUGGUGAAAGUCAAUUAGAGGCAACCUUGAGGGGAAGCCUCCGUGAGAAUCCAGAACAUCAGAUUUGCUACACUGACUAGAACUAUGGCUGUUCCUAUGACAUAUGUGUCUGACAGCCAUGAAGAAAUGUUUUACGUGUCUCCUUUGGAGGUUAAUUUUUCUUAAUAACUCAUAGUGGAUCUGUGAAGCCCUGAGUUGCACAUGAUUUUCCAAGUAAACAGGCAUCUUUGUUUUGUUUUCCAAUACACUUUCUGAUAAUGAUGAGUUAUUUUUUAAUCUACCCUAGCAUAUUGAUCAGGCUAAAUUAAAUUCCUCUCUCUUGUCUUAUUGAUCCCCAACGUUCGUUAUAUAUUAGAAACAACAGCAGUUUGAACUAAAUGCCUACUCUUGUCCACUCUGUACUUCACUUAUGUCUUUGUUUUUUCCACAUAACCUUGGAAGAAUUUAUUUCAUAUAUUCUUUUCAGCUGAGCAUUUCAUACUCAGAUGAGUGUUUGUCAUCUUUGGUUUCAUUGUAUACUUGAAAUUCCAAGCCCUUUGUCAAAAAAAGAAAAGUUAAGUAGCUGGUAUUGCUACUGGAUCCCUGGAUUAUUCCACUUGUCCAUCCAUAAAAGUUCCUGUUUAUCCUCUACCUUCUGUUUCUAUUUCUAAGCCAGUGUUUUAAGACAUAACAUCUGUUCCAGCCUAUUCACUCUUUAUGUGGUCUUAACCUCUUAACUUCUUUACUACUCAGUUGUAUUCCUAUAGGUUAGUGCUCUCUAUAUCAUAGGGGCUUAUGGGGGAGGGAUAAGAUGUUAAGGGUUAUGUUCAAGAGAGAUCCUUCUUUUAAAGUAAUUUUAUACAAGCCCCUUGGUUUAAAAAUGAGAAACUAUAUACCUCUUUUUUCUAUUCUUGUUUUGCUAUUUUUACUUCUGAAAAGUGAUCUCUGUCUGAAGAGUCUUUAUUCUGGUUUUAACUUUCCUCUUCUUAACCCUUUUCACACUAAAAUCCUUACCUUUUCUGUGUUCUAAACUUUCUGUUUAUGGGGCCAAAAUUAAUUCUCCCACAAAAAAUUCCAAUAUUUUUACUCCUAUCAUUAAACAAAUUAGUGUCCUCUGCUAGAAGAAACAUUCCUAUAAGAAGCCAAAAGCUAAUUAGGUCUCACUCUGUCCCUGGUGAGAUCUCCCCUUGUGUCAUGGUUCUCCUUGUGUAAACUCAAGUUAAUCUGGCUAUUUCCUAGCACCUGAGUACUGUGAGUCCUGAUUAAUACCUGGCGAAAAGCAUUUUGCAAAUGUCCUGACUAAAUAAAUACACAGGAGAUAAUCUGGAGAGGCUUCAGGCAGGAAUAGGUCCUCCUGUAGCUCAAUUCAGAAUGGUAGUCCAUUGUUUUCAAGAGAAAUGUUUUACUAACUUUUAGGGUUUUUAUUAAUGAAAAUUAGUUUCUAGUCAUUUGAACUAUUUUAUUUUGAUGUAUAAGAAAUGAACAACAUGAUGUAUUUUUGCUUGUCAGAAGUGACCCGUUAUAUUUUUAAGUGAUAGAGCUGCAACAUUUGCAUAACAGUGUACUUGAGUAAAGAAGAUUUAGAUGUUACAAAAUACAGAAAUACAAUGAUUAGCUUUGAAUUUGAGAAUGUAUUUUAAAUAGUAGAUUGGCAAUAUGUUUUUAGGUAGUCUUUAUUAUUAAGUUACCAUAAAUUGUAUUUUAUUUUUGCAGUUUUGAACUAUACAGUUCUUUACAUAUUUCGAAUAAAGUUUUAUCAACUAAGGUUUUAAAAUUUA